UAUUGUUGGUACUAAAUCAUUCAAUUUCUUCCUUAUCUAUAACCAACUUAACCACAGACCAAUCUGCUCUUCUCUCCUUCAAAUCCUACAUUACUUUAGACCCAUAUAAUGUCUUGGCUGACAAUUGGUCCACCUCUACCUCAGUUUGCAACUGGGUUGGGAUCACCUGUGGUGUCCUCCACCAAAGGGUCACAUCCCUGAAUCUCUCCGACAUGUCCCUCACAGGCUCGCUCUCUCCCCACCUCGGCAACCUCUCAUUUCUAUCUUUACUCGACAUCAGUUUCAAUGAUUUCCACGGCCAAAUCCCCGAGGAAUUGUCUCGUUUGCAUCUACUCAAACAAGUCAAUUUUGACUACAACAACUUUACUGGAGAUUUGAAUUCAUAUUCAUGGUUUGGUAAUUUACCAGAGCUUCAAUACUUGCUUCUAUACAACAACAGUUUCACAGGCACAAUUGGAUCUUCACUGUGCAACAUUUCAAACCUGGAGGGACUCGAUUUAGGCCAGAAUUAUCUGCAAGGAAACAUUCCUGAUGAGAUUGGUAAACUUUCCAAUUUGAAAUUUUUGAAUUUGGAAAGCAAUCAGAUUACGGGUUCUAUACCCUCUGCUAUGUUCUUCAACAUGUCGUCGUUGCAGACUAUCGCUCUCACCUAUAAUAACUUGUAUGAUAGUCUUCCUGUGUAUGUGUGUGAUCAUCUUCCUAAUCUGCAACUAUUUUAUGUAUCUGCCAAUCGGUUUUAUGGCGAAAUUCCAUCUAGUUUGUACAAAUGCAGGGAGCUUCAACAUCUAUCGCUGUCAUUUAAUAGUUUCAAUGGCAGCAUACCUCGAGAAAUCGGCAACUUGACUAUGCUUAAGGAGUUAUAUAUCGGUUAUAACGACUUCAAAGGUGAACUUCCAUCAGAGAUGGGCAAUCUUGUCAAUUUGGAGGUAUUGAAUGCAAAAAGUGGUUCACUUACAGGGCCUAUUCCAUCUUUUAUCGUCAACAUGUCUUCACUAAGAGUAAUUGAUUUCACAAACAAUAGCCUAUCUGGAAGCCUCCCAUUGGACAUUCAAUAUGAUCUCCCUUUCCUUGAAGAACUACAACUUAAUUCGAAUAAGCUUUCUGGCCAAUUUCCACCAGGCUUGUGGGAAUGUAAAUGGCUUCAAAUAUUGUCAUUGGCAAUUAAUGAUUUCACAGGAAGCAUAUCUAACAACAUUGGGAACCUUACAUUGCUAAGAGAAUUACAUCUUGGUUUCAACAAGUUGACAGGUUCGUUACCAGAAGAAAUAGGUAACCUUCAUCUUGAGAGAUUGACAAUCGCUUUCACAGGCUUAACCAGCUUAAUUCCCUCCCAAAUCUUCAACAUAUCAACAGCAAGAAUCAUCAACCUAAAUGGGAAUCAGCUCUCAGGCCAUCUUCCAUCAAGCCUUGGCCUCUGGCUUCCCAAUCUUAAAGAGCUUUACCUAGCUGAAAAUAAACUCAGUGGAACCAUACCAAGCUCCAUCUCCAAUGCAUCCAAACUUACCAUCCUAGAGAUGACCACCAACUCAUUCACCGGCUCCAUACCCAACACACUUGGAAAUCUAAGAUUCCUGCGCAGAUUCUCUGUCUCUGAAAAUAAUCUUACCCGGGAAUCUUCUUCUCUGGAAUUAAAUUUUAUUACUUCUCUAGCAAAUUGCAACAAUUUGGAACAUUUGGGAAUAGCAAUGAAUCAAUUCAAUGGCAUCCUCCCAGCGUCAUUUGGGAAUCUCUCCACUUCGCUUCAAUCAUUGGAAGCAUUCGGAUGCAAACUUAAGGGGGAAAUUCCCAUUGGCAUUGGCAACUUGAGCGGCUUGAAUAUCAUAAGUCUAGAUAACAACGAGUUCACAGGCUUUAUCCCUGCAACAAUUGGAAGGUUAGAACACCUUGAACGCUUGAAUCUUGAACACAAUAGGCUACAAGGCACCAUCCCAAAUGAUUUUUGUAUGUCGAAGAAUUUGGGAGACUUGUAUCUAAGUGAUAAUAAGCUAAAUGGAUCAAUACCAGCAUGCUUGGGUGAACAAAAAACCCUAAGACAUGUCUACUUGGAAUCCAACAAUUUGAAUUCCACAAUACCUUUAACCUUGUGGAGCCUUAGGGAUCUCCUCGGUCUAAACCUGUCCUCAAAUUCUCUCACUGGCUACAUACCACUAGAUAUUGGAAAUUUGAGGGUCAUAACAGAAAUAGACUUAUCAUGGAAUCAGUUAUCAGGCGAUAUCCCAAGCACCAUUGGAGGAGCCCAAGCAUUAGUUACUCUCUCCUUGGCACAUAAUAAACUACAAGGACCUAUUCCUCAAUCAUUGGGCAAAUUGAUAAACUUGGAAUUCUUGGAUCUAUCCCAUAACAAUUUGUCCAGAGACAUUCCUCAAUCACUGGAGGCACUCAAGUAUCUUCAAUAUUUGAAUCUCUCCUUCAAUAACUUGCAAGGAGAAAUUCCUACUGGAGGGCAUUUCGCAAACUUCACUGCUGAAUCAUUUAUGCAAAACUCUGGGUUGUGUGGUGCACCUCGAUUGCAAGUCCCGCCCUGCAAAACUAUUCACAAAUCAAGAAAAAGUUUGGAUUUACUGAAAUAUAUCUUACCGUCAAUUGCAUUUGCAAUACUUGUGGCAGCCUUUGUGUGGAUAAGAUGUCGAAAAGUCAAUAUGGCACUACCAAUUCAAGUAGAUUCAAUGAUUCAUUCAUGGAGACGGUUUUCAUAUCAAGAACUUGUACGAGCAACAAAUGCAUUUAGUGAAAGCAACCUACUUGGUACAGGGAGUUUUGGUUCUGUAUAUAAAGGAAUCCUUUUAGAUGGGAUGAGUGUUGCUAUCAAGGUUUUCAAUUUGCAAACGGAAGGAUCAUUCAAGAGUUUUGACACUGAAUGUGAAGUUAUGUGCAAUAUUCGACACAGAAACCUCCUUAAAAUCAUUAGUAGUUGUAGUAUCACGAAUUUCAAAGCCCUAAUCUUCGAGUACAUGCCAAAUGGGAGCCUUCAAAAAUGGUUAUACUCUCACAAUAAUUUUUUGGAUGUCUUGCAAAGGUUGAACAUAAUGAUAGAUGUUGCAUUAGCAAUGGAACAUCUACAUCACGGUCUUACAACACCUAUUGUUCACUGUGAUUUGAAGCCCGACAAUGUCUUGCUUGACGAGGAUAUGGUUGCACAUGUUGGCGAUUUUGGAAUUGCAAAACUGUUUGGUGAAGGAGAGUAUAUAGCACAAACCAAGACCCUCGCCACAAUUGGGUACAUGGCACCAGAGUAUGGAAUGGAAGGGAUAGUCUCUGCAAAAGGUGAUGUGUACAGUUACGGAAUUAUGUUGAUGGAAGUAUUCACAAGGAAGAAGCCAACAGACGAAAUGUUUGAAGGAGAAAUGAGCUUGAAAAGUUGGGUAAGCGACAUGAUAUUGCAGGGUCAUGGUGGUUCAAUACUUUUAGCUAUGGACUCCAAUUUGAUAGGAAGUGAAUCCGAAGAUGUAAAUUUCACUGUUAAGGAGCAAUGUGUGUUGUCAGUCUUGAGUUUAGCCAUGGACUGUUUGAAAGAUCAGCCGAACGAGAGGAUCAACAUGAAGGAUGCCUCAGCCAGACUCCGGAAAAUUAGAACUGUGUUUCUAGCAAACAAUGGAAAGGGCUUGAAAGGCAAAGAUAUAUGUCAAGACUAACUGCUAUCAAGUCUAGAAAUAAAUAUUUUUCUAUUUCUUUCUUUCGAUUAGUUCGUAAUUGUGUUCGUACAUGAUCUAUGCUAAUUAAUACAAUAAAGAAAUACUUGGUACCAUCCAUAUUUUGGUGAA